CACGUAACACAGAUGGUAGGCUUGCGGUAUGACCUUCAUGCAGCUGUCUUUGGCGUCAUCGAAGACCCGUGCACACUUCAAAGCAGAGGGAUUAGGAGCCACAGACCUCAGGCAGGCUGUGGGUGAGGCAGCCGAGACGGAAGCAGGACCUCACAUCCAAGGACAUCCUUGAGGAGACUUCUGGGGUGAGACCGGGUUCCUCAGAGCAGACUAUGGACUCCCUACUUCACCAGAGUGGAGCAAAAGGGCAAAGGAGGAGACUACCCCACACCAUGGUACAGAGGUUCCUGAGCUGGGGGCUGCCCGCGUCCUGUAACCGAUUCCUGUGGCGCCAGCCGGGCGAGUUUCCGGUCACUGCUGUCCUGCUGGGGGCAGGCAUUGGAGGGCUCCUGGCCAUAGGUCUCUUUCAGCUCCUGGUGAAUCCCAUGAACAUCUAUGAAGAACAGAAGAUAAUGACAUUGUAUGGCUUGGUGGGCUUUGGGGCCGUGGGCUGGGGGACCUCCCCUCACAUCCGCUGUGCCAGCCUCCUGCUGGUCCCUAAGAUGCUGGGCAAAGAGGGCAGGCUCUUUGUGCUGGGAUAUGCCUUGGCCGCCAUCUAUGAGGGACCAGCGGCCAACCUGCGGCACAACCUCAACGAAGUGGUGGCGUCCCUGGGUUGCACGGUAGAGCUACAAAUCAACAACACACGUGCAGCCUGGCGUGUCUCAACAGCCCCCCUGCGUGCAGUGUUCAAGGGCCUGCUGAGCAGCAAAGAGUCACUAAGAGCAGAGGCUCAAAACAUCUCCAGCUCCUUCAAGGACCUGGACACCCAGGUGAGUAGUGAGAGCGGCUACACACCUGAGGAUGCCGUGGGCUCAGAGGAGGCAGCUCAAGGCGUGCGGACCCACCGAGCCGUGGCCUCCAGACGCCACCUCUCCACACAAAAGAUGUAUGAGAUGAAGACCAAGCUGCGUUGCUCCAAUGUGGUGAACCAGGCCAUUCUCAGCUGCCGCCGCUGGUUUGACCAAAAGCACAAACAGUGCAUGCAACGCGUCCGGGUCCCGCUGCUCAAGCACCUGCUCUGCGUGCCCAUGAAGUUCAAGUUCUUCUGUGGCAUUGCCAAGGUGAUGGACGUUUGGUGCCGCAGUCGCAUCCCAGUGGAAGGCAACUUUGGGCAGACCUACGACUCCCUCAACCAGUCUAUUCGUGACCUGAGUGGGGAAUUCUCAGCCACUAUUGACUUCAAGGAAGAGAAGCAGGCCGGGCUGGUGGGCCUCAACACGAGCUGGGAACACGUGAGCACGGAGCUGCGGGACUAUGUGAGAAGCCAGGAGGCCCAGCUGGAGUGGAGCCUGGGGCUGCUGCAGGUGCUGCUGUCCUGCACCUUCCUGCUCGUCCUCCGAGCGUCCUUCUCCUACGUGGACAGCUAUAAUGGGGACAUUCGCUUUGACAAUAUCUACAUCAGCACCUACUUCCGUCAGAUCGAUGAACGCAGGAAGAAGCUGGGUAGACGGAGUCUGCUACCGCUCCGCAAAGCUGAGAAGAAAACCGUCAUCUUCCCCUACAACCCCACUAUUCAGGCCACAGAAAUGAAGAACGUGGUAAGGGAGCUCAUGGAGACACUGCCCAUUCUGCUGCUGUUCCUGGUGCUGUGUGGACUGGACUGGGCUCUCUACUCCAUCUUCGACACCAUCCGCCACCACUCCUUCCUGGAAUACUCCUUCCGCAGCAGUCAUAAAUUGGAGGUGAAAGUUGGGGGAGACUCCAUGCUUGCCUGGCUUCUUCGGAAAACCAUUGGGGCCUUGAACACCUCCUCAGAGACAGUGGUGGAGUCCAACAACGUGCCCUGCCUGCCCCAGCCCGUGUGUCUGAAUGCCAAGGCCUAUUUGAGGGCUGCGCUGCCCAUCGCCUUGCUCGUGUGCCUCUGCCUGCUCCAGGCUUUCGGUUACCGGCUCCGGAGGGUCAUCGCAGCUUUCUACUUCCCCAAGCGAGAGAAGAAGCGGACCCUGUUCUUCUACAAUGAGCUUCUGAGGAAAAGGGCAGCCUUCACCCAACUGAGGAGGGCGGCCAUUGUGAGGCAGGCACGGCAGCAGAGGGCUCCGCGCCACCGCCUAGUGGACAUCCUGCACCGCUGCUGCCCGCUCUUGCGCCCCUGGCUGCGCCGGCGCUGCGUGGUGUGCCAGGCCCCCGAGACGCCCGAGUCCUACGUGUGCCCGACUCCGGACUGCGAGGCCGUGUACUGCAGGUCGUGCUGGGACGACAUGCGGCAGCGGUGCCCGGCCUGCACACCCUGCGAGGAGCUCUCCUCCUCCGCCUACAGCGACAGCAAUGAUGACGCCACCUACGCGGAGUGAAGGGUCGAUCGGCUCGCUCCUAAUAAAAUGCCGUGUACACUCCUGCUGCCUGCGCCUCGCAGGGGUCUGGUACGGGGCGUAGGGGGCGGGGGUGAG